AUGACCCGAUAAUUUCAGAGUUAGCAUCGUCCCCUUCCGUUCUUGGAGUAGGUUAAAAGCCUUAAACCAUAACCCAAGGCGCCACAAAAACGGAUUGGAAUCCGAUGUCGAACGGAGAAGAUUACGACUCGGACACGCCGGAGGAGCUCACGGCCGAGCAGGGAGUUCAACAAGACCAAGAACUUAGCAAGCUCCAGAAAGAGCAUAGUUCCAGGGUGGUUCGUGAAGCAAAAGAACGUCGUAGACAAUGGACCCAAAAGAAAACACAAAAGCCAUUUGCUGAAGUUGAAAGUGUUCAAGAUACCUCUGAACCUAAAGCAAACCAAGAAUCUUUGGGUAAUGGAGGGAUGCUUCCAAGCAACAUUGUUGAGCUGCUUGCAUCUCGUGAGAAGCAAAAGUUCCUCUCCGACUCUGAGGAUGAGAAGACCGACUCAAAGUCCACUAAGAAAAAGAAAAAACUAAAAUGCUCAGGGGUGGAUGCUAUUUUAUUGAAGGAGACACCUGCCCCUCAAUGCUUACAGAAUUCCUUAGCGUUCUUGGAGAAAAGGAGAAUGCAGGUACCUAGAUCAUCUGCAGUGUUGAACAACUCCGACCAAACAUUACGCCUCCUCUCUUCGUCAGGCCUGUUAAGUAGACAGUGACGAACUAAAAUGUCAGCAUUUUUCACCCUUGAUGUAUCCUAUUAUAUUGUAUGAUGCUACGCUGCCAUACAUCGUACUUGGCUCCCCGAGGAGGACUUGCCUACGAAUGAUGAACAAAUGGGGAGGGAUCUGUCCCGUGGCUUUUGACCGUUGAACUUAUAGAUUCUGCAGUUGUGUUGUAACACACAUUGUUCUUCAUCAUAUUUAACUGUAUUUUUCUUACAAUUUUGUUAUAUCGAUAAAAGAAUGAGUUUUUCGAUC